AUGAGCACCUCCCGCAAGCGGUACAGACCGCUGGACCCUUCCGAGGAGCGCGCAGUCACCGUCCAUGAGCGCUUGCAGCUUCUGCCACUGGAGGAUGAGCAGUCGUACUGCUUCAGCUGGCCUGAGGCGUCGCUGACGCAGUGGCUGCAGGAGGAUGUGCCUUACGCUUCUCUCUACCAGCUCUAUGCGAAUGCAGGUGGUGGCAUCGGCAGUGGUGGUGUUUCCUCUCACACAAUGCGCGGCCAAAGUAGUGGGCUUGUCGACGCUGGCGUGGCAUCCUCGGUACUUGAUUUCCCCAAAGGCAAGAACAAGGUUGCGACGUUCUCGUCCAGCGGCCGACGCGAAGCGCUCAGUGUGAGCUCCUCAACAGAUGUGACAAGCUUCUCGGCGCUUCAUCAUCAGCGGAAUGUCGAGGUGCCGCCAGUUUUUCUCUUGGACGACUUCGAGCCAGCUCUAGCAAAGCACGGGCAGCUGUUAAAAGCUAGCGGGGGUGAAGGAACCGCAAGCGACGCACAGUACGGCGGUGCUGACCUCCAACGCCUUCUGCGGCGCGUGCGAGACGCAGUAAAGGCCGCCCGACAUGACUCCACAGGUACCGCUUCGGUCGUCAAAGCAGAGGUAUUCGACGCCAAGGAUGGGGCAUCUCCAACAAUGCCGGCACCGUCGAUUGUCCUUCAAUCGGAUGCCACAACACGCCUCACCCCUCACCCCCUCGCUCCCCCACGACCGCAAAGCAUCGCAGAGGACUCUAUAUUUUCCCUGUCGGCAACUCAGCUAGUCGACUUGGUGGCAGCAGGCGUGCCAGCGCUGUACGCAUCAGCGGCCCGAGGCAAUGCGCAAAGGCCAUCACAGUACAUCGAGGCUCCAAACACCCCCAUCACUACCUCGGCCGAAGACCUGCCAAGCGGUGAGUCGAGCACUGCUUCCAGGACUACAGGAUACGUUUGCAGCUGCCACGAUCCACAACGAUGUGCCGAACUCUCCGAGUCGGCGCGACGCGAGAUCGAACACGAGGUAGUGGGCCUCGAGUGGCGCACGUGGUCCCAGUCGCAGCGCACAGCAGCAGCGCUGCAGCGUCUCCUAUCCCUUGAAGCCGCAGUCCCCUUCGAACGCAGCGGUGACGCUCAACGUGAUGCUUGGCGUGCCGCUGUUUACCGUUUGUGGCUUCAGUGGCGCCAACAGAGACUACCACCGAUUCCGGAGAGGGCAGCAGCUGGCGGAUCUGCCGAAUCCAGCACAAGGGCAGCUACUCUUAGCUCUGGCUUCAGCGGCGCCAGCGUGGUACCGUCCGUGCCCGCCUCGUCCUAUGGCUUUGCGGCAUUCGUGUCACCUUCACCCGCGACCGCCGCGCUUGUUUUCCCAGAAGGCGCACCUGCGCCAUCACGUAAUCACCCGCGCCUUCCCUGGGGUGCGCCUCUCCUUGCCGGGGCGUAUCUCUACGGCACGAGCAACGACUACUUCAUCAGCCUUCCCCCAUCCACCACAAGCGCCCCCGGGCACGUCAGCAACGGCGGCAGUAGCAACAGCAAGAACUGCGGUGGCUCGUCGCUGUGGCCUGCCAUGUCGCGCCGGCGCGGCACGUACAGUUUUUUGCGUUGGAAGGUGGAGCUGUAUGAGGCGCAGCUGUCCCGAGCAGCAGCAGCAGCCGAAGAGGACGAGGAGAAUGUCGAUGACGGAAACGAGGCAGUCGAGGGGGAUAAGGGCAAGGGCGUCGACAACCGUGACCGCGGCGGUAACGACAGUGCGACUGCUACAAAGGUGCGCCGGUAUUCGAAAGGCCCCUUGGGAGGGCCGGAGACCGACACUUCUGCGUCAACGUAUCGCUCUCGCCGCGGUGGCGAUGAUGACCGUGGUGGGUCUGCAGCUGAUAUCUGCCAUUUCGCAGGGCGUAAAACAGCGACCACUACAGUGGCCUCCCCCACCGGCCACACCGCAAUCAACGGCGUCAUGAGCGUCUCGCACAUGAAAGCGCUGCUGCAUACGACGGUGUUGACGCAGCCGCUGACGGAACUGGAAAUGGAUGACGAGCCCACCACCGUGAUGGAGCGGCUGGCCUGUCCUGACCUGCGGCGCGAUACGGAGGCGUGGCGUGUGUGGUUAUCAAGGGUGUGA